AUGUCUGCAAAUCAUCUGGAUCCUGACAGUGAACCAUUUACAGGUUCCCAACCUAGUGUAGAUUUGUUGGCCAAUUAUUGUCACCAUAGUGAGAAAAUGUUGAUGAUAGUUGAUUGGUCACAUGGCAUUAGUCAUGUCGGCCAAUGUUUCGAAGGGGGUGUUGCUGCUUUCCAUUUGGUUUUGUCCAAAUAUGCUAUUGAGUGUGGGUUUGACUUCAAAUUUGUUAAAAAUGACUCAGUUCGGGUUACGACAAUGUGCACAUUGCGAGAGCAAAAAGGGUGUUCAUGGUUGGUACAUGGAAGGGUUCAAACAUGCAAUGGUUAUUUUUACUUGAAGAGGUUGAACAACUUGCAUAGUUGUGGUGCUGUUGUUCGCACUGGGAAGAAUAACAGGCUUAACUCUGAAUUGGUUUGCAAUGUUAUCGCAUGGUUAGGUGAGGAGAAGGCAAGAAGCAAAGUGUAUGGUGACUACCAUGCUUCAUUUGAUCAACUUAGGUGGUACGCGGAUGCGGUUAUGCAUUACAACCCUGGGAGUUAUGUCAACUUGGAUUUUGAGCAGUCUACCGGCCGAUUUAAGCGGUUCUUCAUUUCAUUCAAAGCUUGCAUUGACGGAUUCAACCAUAUCUGCCCAUUAUUGUUUCUUGAUGGCACUUUUUUAAAAGGGAGAUUUAAAGGCAAUUUGCUUACAGCGACGAGGAAGGAUGGCAACAAAGUAGUGGGUGAUCCCCAAUUGCAAGUUUGUUUCCAAUUUAAUGUUAUUUUACUAACAUUGUGUGUGGUGCGAUUCGAAUUGUUAACAAUUGUUAAUGUGGACGUAAACUUUGUUAAAAAUAUUUCAUCUAAGCAACUGACAAAGGUUGUUAGUAGUGCUCGCACAUUAACUUUUGUAUUGGACCGUAAUAUUGGGCUGCUUGAAUCCUUGCCUGCUGUAUUCCCAUCUGCACACCAUGCGGACUGCUUACAACAUCUCCAAACAAAUUUGAGGGACAAAUUACGAUGGGUUGACAACCGUGUACGUUUUGGUUUAAUGGCGAAGUUGCGUGAAUGUGUGUAUGCUCCAACUGAGGCUUCGUUUCAGCAGCAUUGGGAGAAGCUAAAAGGAAUAGGACGAUCUGGAAUAAAUAAUUUCUUGGAAGAUAUGCCACCAAAGCAUUGA